AGAUUUCUCUCACUCACCUAACCCAAAAUCCCCCAAACCCCCUUUUUUCUCUAUUAAUUUGUUGCUACAUAACCACUCAGCUUGUUUACUUGAAAAUGCAUUGCCAGACAGGUUCUUGGGGAUCUUACAUGCCAACCAGCAGGAAUACUGUAGGGGAUCCACUGGAGAGGAUAGAGAGGUUGGCUUCGGAGAAUGCGGUGGUUAUCUUUAGUAUUAGCAGUUGCUGCAUGUGCCAUGCCAUUAAGAGGCUGUUUUGUGGCAUGGGAGUUAACCCAACUGUGUAUGAACUUGAUGAAGAUCCUAGAGGGAAAGACAUGGAGAAGGCUUUGAUGAGGCUACUUGGAACCUCUCCUGCUGUUCCUGUUGUGUUCAUUGGUGGGAAACUUGUGGGUGCAAUGGAUAGAGUCAUGGCUUCUCAUAUCAAUGGCACUCUUGUUCCUCUUCUCAAAGAAGCUGGAGCUCUCUGGCUUUGAUUAUCUUUCCUUCUUAUCUUUGGCUUGGAUCAUAACAGUUUAAAAGAAAAUCCCAAAAAAAAAAGUUAAAACAUAAAAGAGAAAAAAAAUGACUGUUAUAGAAAAGUAUGUCAGAGGAAGAGGAGUGGUGGUUUUGGAGUAAUCUCCUCCAUUUUGGAUAUAGCAAUAACUGAUAUGUCUUAGUUUCUAGUUUUCUUCUUUCUUCUUCUUGUUGAUGUUCUACAAGUGGGUCUUUGUUGGUUUGCUCUGUCUAAUUUUCACUAAUCUUGAUCUCAAGAGUGAAAUGUAAUGGCUCCCUCCUCUGUACAAAUCAAAACAAAAUAGUGAUUUCCACUGAGUUUUCUCACUUUAAUCUUCAUUUUUGUUUUGUUUCUGUUGAUCUUAAUGAUUUCCUCUAUAACGUAUGGAACAUUAAGAGUAAAGAACUUAGAAGAUUAAUGGCGGACUAUGUGACCUGCGACUCUGUUCCUUUUGAGCUCAUCCAUGAAAAAUCAAGUAAGAGCUACUGUGCUAAUUUUGCUCAUAGUUAUGGGUAUCCACCAGUUGAGACAAAGAUUUGCCUUUUUGGACCAAGCAAAUGAAAGUGGGGGGCUCAGACAAGAAACCCGGUUUUUUAUGGCCUUAAAAACAGUAGAAACAAACACA